CUCAAGAGGUCUGCCCACCUCGGCCUCCCAAAGUGCUGGGAUUACAGGUGUGAGCCACCACACCUGGCCUAGCUUAGACCUUUUCUGAACUCCAGAUGCGGCACAGCCCACUGCUCACCCACAGCUCCACUGGGAUACCUGGUGGGUGUCUCAUGUCUAACCUAGCCCCAAACCAACUCUCCCAUGGGUCCCCCCAGCUUGUUCAUGGCAGCUCAGUCCCUCUAGUUGCUCAGGCAAAUCAUCACGAUGUUAUCCUUGACUCCUUCCUUCCUCACACCCCAGAUCCAGAACGUCAGAUAAUCCCAUCAGCUCUAGCUUCAAAAUAAAUUCAGAGACCGACCACGUCUCGACACCUCCUCUGCCUCCACCAUCAAUUCUGGCCUGAUUGAAGGCAGCAGCGUCUUCACUGUGGUCCCUGCAGCCACACUGGUCCCUGCAGUCUGUUCUCAGCACAGCAGCCAGAGGGAUCCUAUUGAAUCAGAUCGUUUUACCGCUUUGCUCAAAACUUUCCAGGGAGGCCGGGCACACUGGCUCACCCGUUAAUCUCAGCAAUUUAGGAGGCCAAGGCAGGAGGAUCGCUUGGGGCCAGGAGUUCAAGACCAACCUGGGCAACAUGGCAAGACCCCGUCUUUACCAAAAACCACAAAAAACAAAACCACUUCCAGUGGCCCCAGUCUUACGUGGAACAAAGGUCAGUCCUCACCAUGAGCCACCAUGAGCCACGAGGAGGGAUUUGGCCCCUCCUGCCCCUGACUUCCGGCUCUAGCCAUACUUCCUCGCGCCUGCCAGCUGGGCUUCUGCUCGUGUGCCUAGAACUCUUCCCCCAGACUGUCAGCAUCAAUAAGGCCAUUAAUACGCAGGAAGUGGCUGUAAAGGAAAAACACGCCAGAACGUGCAUACUGGGCACCCACCAUGAGAAAGGGGCACAGACCUUCUGGUCUGUUGUCAACCGCCUGCCUCUGUCUAGCAAUGCAGUGCUCUGCUGGAAGUUCUGCCAUGUGUUCCACAAACUCCUCCGAGAUGGACACCCGAACGUCCUGAAGGACUCUCUGAGAUACAGAAAUGAAUUGAGUGACAUGAGCAGGAUGUGGGGCCACCUGAGCGAGGGGUAUGGCCAGCUGUGCAGCAUCUACCUGAAACUGCUAAGAACCAAGAUGGAGUACCACACCAAAAAUCCCAGGUUCCCAGGCAACCUGCAGAUGAGUGACCGCCAGCUGGACGAGGCUGGAGAAAGUGACGUGAACAACUUUUUCCAGUUAACAGUGGAGAUGUUUGACUACCUGGAGUGUGAACUCAACCUCUUCCAAACAGUAUUCAACUCCCUGGACAUGUCCCGCUCUGUGUCCGUGACGGCAGCAGGGCAGUGCCGCCUCGCCCCGCUGAUCCAGGUCAUCUUGGACUGCAGCCACCUUUAUGACUACACUGUCAAGCUUCUCUUCAAACUCCACUCCUGCCUCCCAGCUGACACCCUGCAAGGCCACCGGGACCGCUUCAUGGAGCAGUUUACAAAGUUGAAAGAUCUGUUCUACCGCUCCAGCAACCUGCAGUACUUCAAGCGGCUCAUUCAGAUCCCCCAGCUGCCUGAGAACCCACCCAACUUCCUGCGAGCCUCAGCCCUGUCAGAACAUAUCAGCCCUGUGGUGGUGAUCCCUGCAGAGGCCUCAUCCCCCGACAGCGAGCCAGUCCUAGAGAAGGAUGACCUCAUGGACAUGGAUGCCUCUCAGCAGAAUUUAUUUGACAACAAGUUUGAUGACAUCUUUGGCAGUUCAUUCAGCAGUGAUCCCUUCAAUUUCAACAGUCAAAAUGGUGUGAACAAGGAUGAGAAGGACCACUUAAUUGAGCGACUAUACAGAGAGAUCAGUGGAUUGAAGGCACAGCUAGAAAACAUGAAGACUGAGAGCCAGCGGGUUGUGCUGCAGCUGAAGGGCCACGUCAGCGAGCUGGAAGCAGAGCUGGCCGAGCAGCAGCACCUGCGGCAGCAGGCGGCCGACGACUGUGAAUUCCUGCGGGCAGAACUGGACGAGCUCAGGAGGCAGCGGGAGGACACCGAGAAGGCUCAGCGGAGCCUGUCUGAGAUAGAAAGGAAAGCUCAAGCCAAUGAACAGCGAUAUAGCAAGCUAAAGGAGAAGUACAGCGAGCUGGUUCAGAACCACGCUGACCUGCUGCGGAAGAAUGCAGAGGUGACCAAACAGGUGUCCAUGGCCAGACAAGCCCAGGUAGAUUUGGAACGAGAGAAAAAAGAGCUGGAGGAUUCGUUGGAGCGCAUCAGUGACCAGAGCCAGCGGAAGACUCAAGAACAGCUGGAAGUUCUAGAGAGCUUGAAGCAGGAACUUGCCACAAGCCAACGGGAGCUUCAGGUUCUGCAAGGCAGCCUGGAAACUUCUGCCCAGUCAGAAGCAAACUGGGCAGCCCAGUUCGCCGAGCUAGAGAAGGAGCGGGACAGCCUGGUGAGUGGCGCAGCUCAUAGGGAGGAGGAAUUAUCUGCUCUUCGGAAAGAACUGCAGGACACUCAGCUCAAACUGGCCAGCACAGAGGAAUCUAUGUGCCAGCUUGCCAAAGACCAACGAAAAAUGCUUCUGGUGGGGUCCAGGAAGGCUGCGGAGCAGGUGAUACAAGACGCCCUGAACCAGCUUGAAGAACCUCCUCUCAUCAGCUGCGCUGGGUCUGCAGAUCACCUCCUCUCCACGGUCACAUCCAUUUCCAGCUGCAUUGAGCAACUGGAGAAAAGCUGGAGCCAGUAUCUGGCCUGCCCAGAAGACAUCAGUGGACUUCUCCAUUCCAUAACCCUGCUGGCCCACUUGACCAGCGACGCCAUUGCUCAUGGUGCCACCACCUGCCUCAGAGCCCCACCUGAGCCUGCCGACUCACUGACCGAGGCCUGUAAGCAGUAUGGCAGGGAAACCCUCGCCUACCUGGCCUCCCUGGAGGAAGAGGGAAGCCUUGAGAAUGCCAACAGCACAGCCAUGAGGAACUGCCUGAGCAAGAUCAAGGCCAUCGGCGAGGAGCUCCUGCCCAGGGGCCUGGACAUCAAGCAGGAGGAGCUGGGGGACCUGGUGGACAAGGAGAUGGCGGCCACUUCAGCUGCUAUUGAAACUGCCACGGCCAGAAUAGAGGAGAUGCUCAGCAAAUCCCGAGCAGGAGACACAGGAGUCAAAUUGGAGGUGAAUGAAAGGAUCCUUGGUUGCUGUACCAGCCUCAUGCAAGCUAUUCAGGUGCUCAUCGUGGCCUCUAAGGACCUCCAGAGAGAGAUUUUGGAGAGCGGCAGGGGUACAGCAUCCCCUAAAGAGUUUUAUGCCAAGAACUCUCGAUGGACAGAAGGACUCAUCUCAGCCUCCAAGGCUGUGGGCUGGGGAGCCACUGUCAUGGUGGAUGCAGCUGAUCUGGUGGUACAAGGCAGAGGGAAAUUUGAGGAGCUAAUGGUGUGUUCUCAUGAAAUUGCUGCUAGCACAGCCCAGCUUGUGGCUGCAUCCAAGGUGAAAGCUGAUAAGGACAGCCCCAACCUAGCCCAGCUGCAGCAGGCCUCUCGGGGAGUGAACCAGGCCACUGCCGGCGUUGUGGCCUCAACCAUUUCCGGCAAAUCACAGAUCGAAGAGACAGACAACAUGGACUUCUCAAGCAUGACGCUGACACAGAUCAAACGCCAAGAGAUGGAUUCUCAGGUUAGGGUGCUAGAGCUAGAAAAUGAAUUGCAGAAGGAGCGUCAAAAACUGGGAGAGCUUCGGAAAAAGCACUACGAGCUUGCUGGUGUUGCUGAGGGCUGGGAAGAAGGAACAGAGGCAUCUCCACCUACACUGCAAGAAGUGGUAACCGAAAAAGAAUAGAGCCAAACCAACACCCCAUAUGUCAGUGUAAAUCCUUGUUACCUAUCUCGUGUGUGUUAUUUCCCCAGCCACAGGCCAAAUCCUUGGAGUCCCAGGGGCAGCCACACCACUGCCAUUACCCAGUGCCGAGGACAUGCAUGACACUUCCAAAGACUCCCUCCAUAGCGACACCCUUUCUGUUUGGACCCAUGGUCAUCUCUGUUCUUUCCCCGCCUCCCUAGUUAGCAUCCAGGCUGGCCAGUGCUGCCCAUGAGCAAGCCUAGGUACAAAGAGGGGUGGUGGGGGGCAGGGCCACUCAACAGAGAGGACCAACAUCCAGUCCUGCUGACUAUUUGACCCCCACAACAAUGGGUAUCCUUAAUAGAGGGGCUGCUUGUUGUUUGUUGACAGCUUGGAAAGGGAAGAUCUUAUGCCUUUUCUUUUCUGUUUUCUUCUCAGUCUUUUCGGUUUCAUCAUUUGCACAAACUUGUGAGCAUCAGAGGGCUGAUGGAUUCCAAACCAGGACACUACCCUGAGAUCUGCACAGUCAGAAGGACGGCAGGAGUGUCCUGGCUGUGAAUGCCAAAGCCAUUCUCCCCCUCUUUGGGCAGUGCCAUGGAUUUCCACUGCUUCUUAUGGUGGUUGGUUGGGUUUUUUGGUUUUUUUUUUUUUAAGUUUCACUCACAUAGCCAACUCUCCCAAAGGGCACACCCCUGGGGCUGAGUCUCCAGGGCCCCCCCACUGUGGUAGCUUCAGCGAUGGUGCUGCCCAGGCCUCUCGGUGCUCCAUCUCCGCCUCCACACUGACCAAGUGCUGGCCCACCCAGUCCAUGCUCCAGGGUCAGGCGGAGCUGCUGAGUGACAGCUUUCCUCAAAAAGCAGAAGGAGAGUGAGUGCCUUUCCCUCCUAAAGUUGAAUCCCGGCGGAAAGCCUCUGUCCACCUUUACAAGGGAGAAGACAACAGAAAGAGGGACAAGAGGGUUCACACAGCCCAGUUCCCGUGACCAGGCUCAAAAACUUGAUCACAUGCUUGAAUGGAGCUGGUGAGAUCAACAACAUUACUUCCCUGCCGGAAUGAACUGUCUGUGAAUGGUCUCUGUCAAGCGGGCCAUCUCCCUUGGCCCAGAGAAGGAGUGUGGGAGUGAUUCCCAACUCCUUUCUGCAGACAUCUGCCUUGGCAUCCUCUUGAAUAGGAAGAUCGUUCCACCUUCUACGCAAUUGACAAACCUGGAAGAUCAGAUGCAAUUGCUCCCAUCAGGAAAGAACCCUAUACUUGGUUUGCUACCCUUAGUAUUUAUUACUAACCUCCCUUAAGCAGCAACAGCCUACAAAGAGAUGCUUGGAGCAAUCAGGACUUCAGGUGUGACUCUAGCAAGGCUCAUCUUUCUGCCCGGCUACAUCAGCCUUCAAGAAUCAGAAGAAAGGCCAAGGUGCUGGACUGUUACUGACUUGGAUCCCAAAGCAAGGAGAUCAUUUGGAGCUCUUGGGUCAGAGAAAAUGAGAAAGGACAGAGCCAGCGGCUCCAACUCCUUUCAGCCACAUGCCCCAGGCUCUCGCUGCCCUGUGGACAGGAUGAGGACAGAGGGCACAUGAACAGCUUGCCAGGGAUGGGUAGCCCAACAGCACUUUUCCUCUUCUAGAUGGACCCCAGCAUUUAAGUGGCCUUCUGAUCUUGGAAAAACAGCGUCUUCCUUCUUUAUCUAUAGCAACUCAUUGGUGGUAGCCAUCAAGCACUUCCCAGGAUCUGCUCCAACAGAAUAUUGCUAGGUUUUGCUACAUGACGGGUUGUGAGACUUCUGUUUGAUCACUGUGAACCAACCCCCAUCUCCCUAGCCCACCCCCCUCCCCAACUCCCUCUCUGUGCAUUUUCUAAGUGGGACAUUCAAAAAACUCUCUCCCAGGACCUCGGAUGACCAUACUCAGACGUGUGACCUCCAUACUGGGCUAAGGAAGUAUCAGCACUAGAAAUUGGGCAGUCUUAAUGUUGAAUGCUGCUUUCUGCUUAGUAUUUUUUUGAUUCAAGGCUCAGAAGGAAUGGUGCGUGGCUUCCCUGUCCCAGUUGUGGCAACUAAACCAAUCAGUGUGUUCUUGAUGCGGGUCAACAUUUCCAAAAGUGGCUAGUCCUCACUUCUAGAUCUCAGCCAUUCUAACUCAUAUGUUCCCAAUUACCAAGGGGUGGCCGGGCACAGUGGCUCAUGCCUGUAAUCCCAGCACUUUGAGAGGCUGAGGUGGUUGGAUCACCUGAGGUCAGGAGUCCGAGACCAGCCUGUCCAACAUGGUGAAACCCCCAUCUCUACUAAAAAUACCAAAAAUUAGCCGAGCGUAGUGACGGGUGCCCAUAAUCCCAGCUACUCAGGAGGCUGAGACAGGAGAAUCACCUGAACCCCAGAGGCAGAGGUUGCAGUGAGCUGAGAUCACGCCAUUGUACUCCAGCCUGGACAACAAGAGCAAAACUCCGUCUCAAAAAAAAAAAAAAAAAAUUACAAAUGGGGCAAACAGUCUAGUGUAAUGGAUUAAAUUAAGAUUCUCUGCCCAGCUGGGCACAGUGGCACAUGCCUGUAAUCCCAGAACUUUGGGAGGCCAAGACAGGAUGAUUGCUUGAGCUCAGGAGUUUGAGACCAGGCUGGGCAUCAUAGCAAGACCUCAUCUCUACUAAAAUUCAAAAACAAAAUUAGCCGGGCAUGAUGGUGCAUGCCUGUAGUCUCAGCUAGUUGGGGAGCUAAGGUGGGAGAAUUGCUUGAGCUUGGGAAGUCGAGGCUGCAGUCAGCCCUGAUUGUGCCACUGCACUCCGGCCUGGGUGACAGAGUGAGACCCUGUCUCAAAAAAAAAAAAAAAAAAAAAAAGAUUCUGUGUCAGAGCCCAGCCCAGGAGUUUGAGGCUGCAAUGAGCCAUGAUUUCCCACUGCACUCCAGCCUGAGUGACAGAGCGAGACUCCAUCUCUUUAAAAACAAACAAAAAAUUAUCUGAAUGAUCCUGUCUCUAAAAAGAAGCCACAGAAAUGUUUAAAAACUUCAUCGACUUAGCCUGAGUCAUAACGGUUAAGAAAGCACUUAAACAGAAGCAGAGGCUAAUUCAGUGUCACAUGAGGAAGUAGCUGUCAGAUGUCACAUAAUUACUUUCGUAAUAGCUCAGAUUAGAAUGGCUACCCCAUUCUCUAGACAAAAUCAAAUUGUCCUAUUGUGACUCUUCUAAAAAUGAAGAUGAAGAGGUAUUUAAUGACACACCUUGGAUUAAAACGGGAAUCACAUCUUAAAGCUAAAAAUGAACCUGCAAGCCUUCUAAAUGAGUCACCGAGCAUCACUAGUGACAAGUCUCGGGUGAGCGUAAAUGGGUCAUGACAAGAUGGGACAGCAACAAAAUCAUGGCUUAGGAUCGACAAGAAGUUAAAAAACAGCUGCAUCUGUUACUUAAGUUUGUAAGACAGUGCCCUGAGACCUCUAGAGAAAAGAUGUUUGUUUACUUAAGAGAAAGAGGCCAGACAUGGUGUCUCACGCGUUUAAUCCCAGCACUUUGGGAGGCAGGGGCGGGUGGAUCACCUGAGGUCAGGAGUUCAAGACUAGCCUGGCCAACAUGGUGAAACCCCGUCUCUACUAAAAAUACAAAAAUUAGCCGGGCAUGGUGGCAGGUGCCUAUAAUCCCAGCUACUGGGGAGGCUGAGGCAGGAGAAUCACUUGAACCCGGGGGACAGAGUUUGUAGUGAGCCAAGAUCGCACCACUGCACUCCAGCCUGGGUCACAGAGUGAGACUCCAUCUCAAAAAAAAAAAAAAAGAGAGAGAGAGAGAAAGAAAUAGAAGAGAAGAGCCAUCUUGGCAGGGUUAUUUUAUAUCUGAGCAAGGAGUUUAAAUGAGACUAGUUUAGAUUGUCUGCUGAUGCAGCCGUCCGUAGCAGUACCCCUAAAAUCCCACCAGAAUACGGGUCCCUCUAACCCAGUGGCUGGAAGAACCACUGUCUAGAGCAACUUUUCUUGGAACUGUCCCAGCUACCAACUCAGACACCAAGGUUUAUGCCACCAGGUAACACGGGGAUCACAGGUACAUGUCGCUCCGGUCAGAUUAGUUGGCUUUGGCCCCUCGACCCUGCGCAGGAGCUAGUUCUCAGCUUGCAGCUGGAAGUUCCCUCUUAGCUCCUUAGUCUAGAGGGGUCUCCUGGCUCCAUUUGACCCUGGUCUUUAAUAACUGGUCAGCAUCUUGCUACCUUCUACCACCUUUCCAAAUCUCUGGAAAUCCUGCCAGGGAAAGCCUCCAGUUCCAACACUGGCUUUCCAAGCAAACUGGCUUUGCCCUCUCUCUGCCAUCCUUGUCCUCCAGAGACUGCACCACCUGUAGCAUAGAAAACCACCACCACGGACCUGCCAGCCAUCGGCGCAGCAAACCAGCCAGCUGUUUGCUGCCAAAUUCCUUCCUCUCCCAGGUCCAGACCAAAUACAAGAUCAGCACCACACCAUGGUGUUGUCAGGAGCCAAAGCAACAGGAAACAAUUCAAUGCUGUUGGGUUCGAUUCUGAGAGUAGAUUUUUCCAGACAUGUCUUUCAGGUGACCCUCAACUACCUCAGGUUUGAAGGCCCUAAAUGAAACUGAUUACCACUCAUAGGGACAAACCGAGGGGGUUCGGUUACAUCUUGGUGAUAAUGCAAUUGUCUCAAACUUAAACUCUUUCACAUUUCAGUUUGCAGGGAUAGGGUUGGGUUUGUUUUUCUUCUGUUUUUAACCUUUCCCCUGGGUUUCCAUUAGGGUAGUUCCUUGAAAUGAAUUUCAUUUUUCACUGAGUGCCUACCUUCCCAGGGCAGGUGGCCACUGGCUUCUGUUUCCCUCCAACAAUACUUUUAUUAUGGUAUUAAGACCUUUCUUUGUAUAAUACAUUGCAUCUGUGUUUUCAAUUUUUCAAAUAAAUAUUUCCGCCUGGCAA